AUGGCCACAAGACAGGAUACCGCCGCUAUGAGACCACGCACGCGCCGCUCUCUUGCUCAUGUUCCGCGGUCUAGAAUGACGUCUAAUCUGGACAAGGAAAAUGCGACAAACGAUAUCGCGACAACAUCUGAGACGACCACAAGAUCUAGCGCAAAAAAAAAAAGUCUCGCAGCAAGAGUCUCGGACCAGGGGGUCUCGACGCUCUUCAACAUUCUAAUGUCCACUGCCUCAUUUCCCCUCCGGUCAAUCUUGAAGCCCACCAUACCUGUUUCGCCCGUGCGGAAUAUCCCAUCUUUUGAAGAAACCCGUCGUCGGACUCCUCGGGAUGCGUCAAACAAUGCCACUAAAGGAGAUGAUAACGAGGAAGGACGAGACAACCCUCUUAUCGACUUCUCGACACCAGCGCAGCCCGCAGACUCAAUGCGUGAACAAUUAAAUACCCCCUUUGACACAUUCAACGCUACAUCACUCAUCCGUGACGAAUUGGCGGCAACAAAAGAGCGUGACGAGAAAGAGCGCCAAGAACGUGAACGCCAAACCAUUCUGGAAAAGCGCGAAGCCCGACGAAAAUCUAUGGCCAACCGUCGUGUGUCCUUCGCUCCUGAAGCAACUCUUCACACCUGGAAUGUCGUCGAGAUCCCUGAAGACGCAACUUCAUCGUCGACGUCAAACUCUACUCGGCGAAAUUCCACAGCCGCGAAACAAAUUGAUCAGACAAACUCCGCACCACAGAGCGCAGAACAAAAUUCCUCCCCAGCUUAUGCCGAAUCAGACUUGGGGUUUUCCCCAGUGCGAGAGCAAGAGCUUCAGCAAAUGAGGGACAAUUCCUUGUCGAACGAGGAAGAAGACGUAGCUCCAGCUCUCUCUUCCAGCCCUUUUAGCGGAAGUUCUGCUGUGAGUGACGAUGCUAGCACCCACAGCGACGUCGACGAUGACGAGGACGGUGACUCUGCUGAGUCCGAAGACGGAUUCGAGGCCGAAAGCACUGCCAUGAGCAUGGAUGACAUGACGGUUCGCUCUUCCGCGUCCGCGCAGUCAAAUGCCUCAUCGAGCUCUUCAUCGAGCGCUAGACUCAACGAGGCAUUGCGUCGCGCCGCUAGGGAAGCCGGGACCAAAGAAGUCGAGGAAACCGGCGAGGUUUCGAUGGAAAUUGUCGACCAAGAAAUCACCGGCGCGUUCCAACCGUGGAUUAAGAAAGGUCAGAGGCAGAGCUUUGACUGGGAUGACCUGAGUGCUCGACACGAUGAAGACAUCCCCGACUCCAAUAAGCCAGCCACUGAAAUCGACACUGCGCCUUCGGAUGAUACGAUGGACGACGACUUGAAUGAGGAAUUGAGUAUGGACGUGACGAACGUGGUCGGUGGUAUAUUGGGGAGACCUUCCGCUCGCCGUCCGAGCGCUGUCAGUCGCAAGUCCUUCGGACAGGAAACAAAUUACGGCGACGAGACCAUGGAAAUGACCACGAUGGUGGGUGGCAUUGCCAAUGACCAGUCACACGCGCAGCAAUCCUUUGUCGACGAUGAGAACGAAGAGAUGACAAUGGAAUUCACAUCAGUCGUAGGCGGUGUUCUUAGCAAAGAUCAAUUACCUCACGCGCAAGAAACAGAUUUACUACCUGACUCGAAACUCACGACGGUGGACCGCAAUUCGCAGUCCGAUGAGGACUCGGAAAUUGAAAUGGACAUGACCAACGCUGUUGGAGGCAUCUUGCCAUCUGGAUUGGAAACCCCUGACAAGGCCAAAGCAAAGAGAAUCAUGGAACUCGAGGCCGAGUCAGGCCAGUUGGGAAGUUCACCGUUUGAACCCAGUUCACAGCAAACUCCAGCACCGCUAGCUGCAGACUCAUCUCCCGUACUGCAAGUUGCAACUAUAGCUUCGGAGAGUGGCAGUCCUAGCCUUGCUAGCGUCAGAGCUCGACGUUCAUCUAGGCGAAGUUCCCUAAUGGGAGCAUCGAAAACGCCAGAACCAAACCCCCAUCAGCCGUCACAACUCGAGAGACCAGCUACGCCCCCGCAAGCACCAACCCCCCCAGCUCGGCCGACUACGCCUAGCAAAACUCCUCCAUCCGCCAAUAUCGCAUAUCGAAGCGCUUCCCCUAGAAAGCUUUUCAAGCCCGAACUCAAACACUCUUUCGCUAGUAAACAAUCACCGCGGCCCAGUAUCUUCGAGCAAGAUGUUUCUACGGGCCACUCAACACCGCGUAUCGUUCUUCAACCGCGAGAGGGACGUCGGUCUUCUGGUGUUGGUAUUGACAAAGAGGGUCUCGGAUCACCUCGAGUCGCGGCAAUUCUCGACAAUCGAUUAUCACUAGGUGAAAACACGCCGCAAUUCAUUCCACAAGAACGGACUCGUACUGGUGGAGUGCGAUUUGAGGAUCCUCUUAAAAUCCAAGAAGAGGAGGAACGUGAGCGGAGACAGGAGCAGGAUGGAAAUGCCCUCUUGAGAGACAACAUGACCAAUGACCCGACAUCAAAUUUGAAAGAACUUAUCUCUCGAAUGACUCCGAAGAAGGGCGUCAAGGUUGGCCCGCGCAAAAGUCUACAUGUUGGAGCCGCUCGUGGCCUGCUAGGUAAGCGUCCGGCUGAGCUGGACUUCGACGAAGACGAGUCCGACAACUCACCUAAGCGACUACGCGGGCACUCCGUGAGUCCAGUCAAGGGCAUACGACUGCCAGCUCCAAGCCACCAGGGCCCAAUUGACCGGGUCGCUCAAUCUCCAGUUCGAAGAGCCCGAAGCUCUUCCCCGCUCAAAGGCAGCACAACCCCGAUGCACGAGCCAACUGUUGACAAUGAUGACGGAACGACCCCCUUGAAAAAGGGAAUUGACGCUAUGCAUCUUGCUUCUGAUCCUCCAGCGCCGGAGCAAGACCAAUCAAGAGAAGAUGAUGAUGCUGAGGAUCAAGACGAGGCCGAAAACCCAGAGCCCAUCCAACUCCAAGACUUCCUCAACAUGACCAACAUUCACUUCAUGGAGCUGACAACAACCAAACGACGACACACCACCGCGCCGGGCAGUGCCUCGAAGAGGUUGAGUAGAGCUUCCUUAGAAAGUAAGGCAAAGCAAGGCACCAUCACGUUUGAUGAUCGCGUUGCCGCUGGGUUCUGCACGGUUCCCAUGCUUGAGUUAUAUCAACACUCGUGUCGUGAACUGAAGUCCUAUAUAUCAGAGGGUCGUCAAGUGAUUCGAUCAAUCGAAUCCGAGACCUUUGCCGACAACCCACCUCUCUUCCGCGAGUAUAUAAAUGCUCCACCUGACAUUCGCGUAAUCAUGGACAAUCAGUUCCGCAAUGUGAAGACGCAUGCUCGUCUCUUAAGCAAAGCUACGUGGUAUGAAUGGCGCAUGAAGCUUCUUGAAGGACUGAAGGAAGGGCUUCACCGGCAUGUGAAGGACAUGAAAGCAGACGACGAGCUCCUGUCCAAGCGCGAAGCACUACUCGACAGCAGCGUCCCACCAUUAGUGGAAAAGCAUGCAUCUCUCCAGGAAGAGGCACAGAACCUGCAGCAACGGAUCGAGGAAAUGGAAAGCUGUGAUCAGAAUGAGCUCCAAGACGCACGUGAGACUCUUUCGUCCGUCGAGGAAGAAAUUGCUGCGAAGAAGAAAGAACUUGAAGAUCUUCAGGCUGAAGUGCAGGAAAAAUCUCAGAUCAUUGAAGUUGGGAUUGAGACCCGAAAUGAGUAUCUUGCGCAGAUCCAAGAAGCGGAGCGUGUGAAGGAAGAGUGCCGUGGCUGGAGUGCGCGCGACAUACGCGAAUUGAGGGCCUCGGUGCAGAAGCUCGAACAGCAGACUGGAUGGUCGAUCCCACCCGCCGCGGCUUCUGCAAAGUCCUCCCCAGAGCCCCGUUUGAGUAUGGUCUACCAGAGGCAAUUGAACGUAACGUUCUGCCCUCGGGCAUUGACCGUGACUUCGGGUGCGACGUCUCCUCUGGAGCUGAACUUUAUCCCGGCCAAGACGACCUCUCCAGUUGCGACGUUGGUUCUACAGUCCUUACGGCGACACCUCGGCGCCACCGAGCUCUCCACUAUCACACCCAAACAGCUUCUGAAGUUCGUAUCCAGUGCCUGGGAUAGGGCCGUCAGUCUCGAGCAGGAAGCUCGUAUGCUUGAAUUUUGCGGCCUGACUCGCCUCACAUUAUCCGAACCAACUGAAUCUUCUCCCUUCCUACGUGCUCGCUGCACUCUUCUCGACCAAGAAGCAAAGCCCUCCGCGCCACGCCGCAAGAGUGGCGCGGGCCGGGAGGUUACUCCAAAGCGUGUCGACGUGGACUUCACUAUUCGCACUCGAAUCGAUACUCAGACCAAAGAAACGGGCUCAAUCGGAACCCUCGAACUCGAUAUCAAUGUCGUCGCCACGAAAGUCUACGGCUUCGGCGCUGCCAAUGAGUCCGGUCUGUCCGGGAAGGAGAUGCAGAGCAUUCUCAACAAGGGUAUUUCCGGGGAAAGCGAGAAGUCCCUGGGCAAUGGGAUGUGGUUCAAGGCUGUGCAGAGCCUUACAGAUUCCGUCUUUUAA